GGUCGUGGGGGGAGGUGUUGGAGGGGGACAUCUGCAGGAAAAAGCCUGCUCGGCACGGGACACAUCCAGGAAAACAAUGUGGUCGGCAGAAGCAGGAAACGGGUUAGAGGCGAGGGUCGGAGUCGGGAAAACCGGGAAGGCGGGGGGCGGAAGGCAGCCGUCGCCUCUCCCAAGUCAGGGAGCAGAGUGACUUUAAAUGCCACCCCCAACUGGUCACCAAGCCCAGAAAUUCCAGAUACCGCACCCAAUCCUAGGCUGGGGUUUGUGGGGAGGUCGGUGAGGGUCGCAGUCCCGACCCCUCGCACCAGGCGGUGCGCGAGGAGACCCCUCUCCGACCCAGGCCCAGGAGGCGGGGGGGAAGCGGGCGGGAGUGCAGAUCCCGGCGUUUCGCUCCCGGACGCGCCGCAGCGGCGACCCUCCCUCCUUGGCCGCCCCUUUCCCUUUCCGCGCCGGGAGUCUUCCACUUCCCGCGCCAAGAGAAAGGGCCGCACGGAGGGAAGAACAGGGAGCAAAAGCGGCGUGGUGGUUCAGGCCGGCAGGAAGCGGGGAGGGGGGUGAGAGGUGGGGUCCUGAGGCUGAACGGGAGCCGGGGAUAAGUGGAACUUAUGCACGCGCUUGAUAGGCGGGGAGAGGGCAAGGCGAGGAUUACCUUGGGUGUAAGGGGGGAGUUAGGAGACUAACGUGGGCCGCGAUGUUACAUGGAGCGCUAGGAUGUUAGCAACUUCGGGGACCCAGAUACAGGUCUGGGAGCGGGAGUGCAUGAAGAGGAGCCAUUCGGGGCGGGCCAGGGGCUGGGACAGGGAAUGAGCCCCGGAAGCAGUGCGGAACACCCAUUCUUCUGAGUCCAAGGCUAUAACCCGGCUGUCUGCCAGGGCUUGGAGACAGACGAAGAAGGCAGACGAUGGUUACGGGUGAUGCCAACGACGGUUGCCCAAAGGUGGACCAAGGCUGCCCGUGUGCAGAGGACUUGGGGAGGGGGCUGGGUGCGGACUGCGCGGCGGCAUGUGAGACAAGGCAGAGUCCCAGGCAGUACCAAACUGGGAGGUGUGACUAGAACUACCGAGGCUGCAGUGGACUUCAUUGGAAGAUGCUAUUUCACGGAAAUCUGCAAAUGUAAACUAAAGGAUAUCGCAUGUUUAAAAUGUGGGAACAUUGUAGGUUAUCAUGUGAUUGUUCCAUGUUGUUCCUGCCUCCUUUCCUGCAACAACGGACACUUCUGGAUGUUUCACAGCCACGCCGUUUAUGGUAUUAACAGACUAGACUCUACUGGUGUAAACUUCCUACUUUGGGGCAACUUGCCAGAAAUAGAAGAGAGUACAGAAGAAGACACGUUAGAGACCUCAGCCGAGGAGUGUAUUAGAUGAACAGAAUUAUGAUAUAUGCAUAUGAAAUGUUUAAACUUUUUCCUAUUUAAAUUAUAUAUUCAUGGAUCAAUUUUUUAAUUGUUAGUAAGGAUUUGCCAGUGAUUUCUUUUUAUGGAAAACAAAAAUGGGGCAUUUGUUGAUUUAUUUAUUUGCUGUCUCAAAUUAAUUAGCUGAGUUUAAUUUGAACCAAUGUAGUUCUUUUCUUCUACUUCUACCCUCCUUUCCUCUUCCCUCUGCCUGGCAUAGGUAUAUUCUUAAAUUCAGAUAGUAGAAGAUAGUAGAUUCUUUUACAUGUGACUCAGCUAUCUCCCAAUUAGGGAGAUUUUUUUCUUACAACUAGAUGCCAGAUGCCAUUAAUCUUACAGUCCUGAAUAAGGGGCAGUUGGUACCCACACAUAUAUCCAUGCAUAUAUGUGUGUGACGGUCAGCUGAGAAUUAAAGCUUAAUAGGGAAUUUUUUAAAAAACAGACUGUUAGGUUUCCAUAGGUAAUGGUUAUCAUAUGUUAUAUUGGUGAUGACUAUAUUAAUAUAGAGCAAGACUUUGUAAAUCAGCAAACAGAAUAAAUUAAAAUUUUAAAAUGUAUGGAGAAAUUCCUCUUGAGUCCUCAGCAUAAUGUUAGAUAAAUGAAUUUGUCAGAAGAUUAUCAACGUAUACUGUUUACCAAUAUUAUUUAUUUACAUUCUCCUAAAGUCAUAUGUAUAUAUUGUGUUAUGAAAGCCAGAUAAACUAAGCCUCCAUCUCUAAGUUAUCCCAUCCUCUGGGGCUUUCUCUGUAAAUAGCAAAUUUUGGAUGAGUAGUCUCAGUCCCAACCCUUAAAUAGAAAAAAAUUAAAGAAGUGGUUUGCUUAAGCCAUUGUACAUUACAAAGAGGGUUUGUUUUGUUUUGUUUGUUUUGUUUGUUUUGUUUUGUUUUGUUUUGUUUUGUUUAGCUGCAUUGAGAGCCACACAGGAAUAGGAAACCGGGAUAAUGUUGAGUUCUUGUUGUGUGUAUAGCUAAAAUCAAUGUAUUGCCUUAACUAAUAUCUCAGUUGUAGGCAUUUAGUCAAUAGUGAUACCAACACAGACCAAGUUGCGGUUUUGUAAAUAAAGUUUUGUUCUAAACACA